UGUCAGUCGCUGUGGCCUCGAAGUUAGUAGCGCUGUGCUCUUGUACUGCGUAUGGUGCGCGCACGCACUCGCGUACUCUUACGAACGCCAUUCCCGGGCGUCCCACUCCUACACCACUACCUUCUUUCCCAUUAUUAUCGAAGAUUUUGUAGAUACGUCACUACGAAUGCGGCUGUCUGUCGCGCUAGUUGUGUUUGUAACUGGUGAUUACGUGCUGUGAACGAUCUUCGUGCCGCAAUUGUUAUGUGUGUAGAUGUGUUAAAUUUUUUUUUUUUUAAUUUAUGGGUUUUUCUUUAUUAGCUAUUAAUAUUAAUAAUUAUAAAAACGUCUCCAGUGAAUUUUUACAAUUAUUUUUUUUGAUCAACGAUUUAUUUGUGAACGAGACGAGCGAUUUUUUUUAACGUAAAACAUGCUGGGUAAACGACAACAUUGUUAUCUGUGUGAUUUACCUCGCAUGCCGUGGGCAAUGUUACACGAUUUUACCGAACCCGUGUGUCGUGGGUGUGUGAAUUACGAGGGUGCAGACCGUAUUGAAUUAGUAAUAGAAACGGCCCGUCAAAUGAAACGGGCUCAUGGAUUUCAGGAAUCGGCUACCAGGUCGACCGGAAGUAGUGGAACGUCGUCAACAGGGAACGCUCACCACUCGAAAAACUCGCAUCGUCAUGAAAAUGGUGGUUUAGAAGUAGUGGGCUUGCCACCACAAGCUCAUCAAAUGACAGCAAGACAAACUCAACAACCUCCUCCUCCCCCUACAGCAGCAGCUACGCAUUAUGCUACUCUUCAUCAUUCGCGAGCAUCUCUUAUGGAAUACCCUGGUCGUCCUGGAGCUCACGGAACUGAACACGAAGUAGCAAUGGCCCGAACGUCAGUUCGUUUACAACAGAGCCAGCAGCAGCAUAAUAUGACUCAUCAUAUCCCUAGCCGAGCUCAAGCUGGCCAAGGACUAAAAAGAGGUCUAAGUUCACAAGUAGAGGAUGAUGAUCAUCAUGCGGAAAGCGGUAAUAAACGAAUGAUGGAGGAACCGCCACAGAGGCCUCCUUUACAACGUGGAGAUUCUUUGCCGGCUGUUAGUUUAGCGGUACCUUUUGUAGAAAGAACUUUCAAAACUGCCGAACAGAAACAUCCUAUACGGACUACGUCUUUUGAUACGUCUACAUUUAAGACUGCUGGUGGAUUUGCGGCAACUGCAGUGGCACAACAGUGUCUCAAUAACAGUAGUGGUCCGGCAACUGGAUCAUCAUUACCUGCCAGUAGGACCGCCGGUUCUCCUAUUGAUGGGCCGCCAUCUAUGCAGACAACUGGUGGUAGCAGUGGUGGCCAACAGUCCUCGCAGAAUCAAUCUAAUGGAACUAAUCCGAUGGCGGCAUUAAUGAGUGUUACUGAUAAUCUACCACCCGGAUCACCACAAAGUGCACGGGGUAGUCCACCUGGUUCAACAGCUCAACAACCUGGUGGUCCUAGAUCUGCUUCUAGAGGAUCUCAACAUUCUCCCAACUCUACUGGUGGUACAGCCAGUGGCCGAAGAUCAUCAGGUAGCAGACAUGUGAGUUCUACAACUGUAACAUCAAGCGAGGUAAAUGGUACUGGAGCUGUUAGUGCUGCAGCUGCUGGAGGAACAAGUGCGACCACUGUGAAUGGUACAGGAACUACACUAAAUGCUUCUGUUCCAAACGGCUCAGAAGGAACUGCUAAUACUCCAUUAGAAACUGGUACUCCUACUGUACCUCUAGUCCCACCAGCAGUACCUUUAACUAAUGCUUCAGCAAAUGCUUCGAAUGUUGCAACUCUUAAAUGUACUCUAUGUCAAGAAAGACUAGAAGACACCCAUUUUGUUCAAUGUCCAUCAGUUCCUCAUCACAAAUUUUGCUUUCCUUGUUCAAGGGAUAGUAUUAAAAGACAAGGAGCUGGCUCCGAGGUUUAUUGUCCAAGUGGUGAAAAAUGUCCUCUUGCCAACUCAAACGUGCCUUGGGCUUUUAUGCAAGGUGAAAUAGCUACUAUUUUAGGUGAAGAAUUUAAAGUUAAAAAAGAACGGGAUACAUAAAUUAUCCAAAACUUUCAAUAUUGAUAUUAUUUAUGUAUAAUUUUAUAUAAAGUAUAAAAUGUAUAUAUAAUAAAAAGUUUAAAAUACACCUCAUGGUGAUUUCAACAACUAUCUAUAAAUAUUAGGCUGAAUUAUGGUCUAUAGUAAAUAUUAUGCAUUUAUAAAUUAUUUUUGUAUAUAUUAGUUAUAAUUUAUUAUGUAAUAUUAUUUCAUAAGAAUGUCAAUAUUAAAUUAUUAUGAAAAAAUUACUAUGUAUUCCCAGAGAAUCUUUUCCCCUAUAUAGUUUUUAGAAAUUUUAGACAAAAUUAAGAUUAUUAAUUGUUUUCUUGUUUGUCUUUUUUUAUUUUAGUUAAUUCUUAUGUAAAAAAAAAAUAUAUAUGUAUGAAGAAUAUAACUUGUAUUUUUAAUUUAUUUAUUUUUUACCAAUUUUAAGUAAAAUUUAAAGUUUUUUUCUAAUUCAUCCUCCUUUUUGAAAAUAAUUAGUAUUAAUAUUGCAAGAAAAUUUCAUUUUUAUCUUGUCAUUACAAAAUUUUGAAAAAUUGUGAAUUUUUUACGCAUAUUUCCAUAAAAUGUUUAAUUAGAAGUUUUAUUUUUCGUGCUUAGUAAAUAAAAUAAAAUUUUUAUUCUGUUAUUAUUAAAUAAAAUUAAAAUUAAUUUGAUCCUAUUUGGAACAAGACUGGUGAGUGUCGCGUUAGUAAUGUUAAAAUAACAUGGUUAAGAAUCACAAUAGGAGCAAUACUAGUCAAAAAAAGUAUAUACAAAUAUAUUUGUUGUAUGUAAAAUAUUUAAUAUUAGUAACAGUGUGAAUUGUAUAUAAUCAUAUAUUUUGGAGAAAUAUGAAUUUAGUUAGUUUUUAGGUAAUUAUGUGAAAUUUUAUUAUUACAGCCAGUUAGUAGUUUGAUGUCUUGAAUGACAAUACUAUAGAAUAUUGUAAAGGAACUCGCAUUCUCGCUUUUUUUAAUUUUGGAACACAUAAUGGAAUUAAUUGUCAUUGUAAAAAACUCCAUUUUAGUUAUUUUAUAGCUUACCACAUCCAAUAAAAUAAAUUUAAUAUAUGUAAUUACUAAUUUUAGUUGUGGAAAUAUAAAAUGUAAUUUGUUGACAGUAAAAUCAAAUAAAAUUUUACGAUUUUUAAGCUUUUAA